UGGUCGAGGAUUGAAAACUUCAGCGUCGUCAGCUGGCCGCUUGAAGUCGGACCGAGAACUGACGUCGUGACGUUUUCGGACUGUUUCUGGACACCGGGAGGGUAUGUGAGGACGGUAUGGCGUACCAGACGUUCAGGCAGGAGUACCUGCAGAUGCCCCCUGUCACCAGGGCGUACACCACAGCCUGCGUCGUCACCACUAUAGCUGUUCAAUUGGAUCUGGUGUCCCCCUUUCAACUGUAUUUCAACCCUAUUCUCAUAGUCAAACAAUAUCAGCUAUGGAGACUUGUAACGACAUUCUUGUUCUUCGGAACGAUAGGAUUCAAUUUCUUCUUCAACAUGAUCUUCACGUACAGAUACUGUCGGAUGUUGGAGGAAGGUUCAUUCCGAGGACGAACAGCUGAUUUUGUCGUCAUGUUCCUCUUCGGCGGCUUCUGGAUGAUUUGUUGUGCGUUUUUCGUGAAUUUACUGUUCCUGGGCCAGGCGUUCACCAUUAUGCUUGUUUACGUUUGGUCGAGAAGAAAUCCCUACGUUCAGAUGAACUUUUUCGGCCUGCUGAAUUUCCACGCUCCCUAUCUGCCGUGGGUGCUGCUGGGCUUCUCGGUGCUGCUCGGCAACGCGUUCUCUGUCGACCUGAUUGGCAUGGCUGUCGGCCACCUCUACUACUUCCUUGAGGAUGUCUUCCCGCAGCAGGAGGGUGGAUUCAGGGUCCUGCGCACACCGCAGCUGCUCAAAGUCCUGCUGGAUCCGCACCCUGAAGAUGCCGACUAUGCACCGCUGCCAGAAGAGCGACCAGGAGGCUUCAACUGGGGCAACCAGCAGCAGCAGCAACAGCAGGACCAAAGGAACCAGUGAUUCUAGUUUUCUCUUUGCACCCUCAAUUAUUAUGUAAAGUGUACCACGCGCAGAUGUGUCUCAUGUGUAUUCUUUGUGCGAUUUCAAAUUGUAAUGAAAUAAUAAUUAUUGCUAUAAUUUUCUUUACUAAAA